AAACAUCAAAUAAUCACAUCUGCUGUGUUAUCAUCACCUGCAGCUAACUGAGAUAAUCAGGCAGGUUUCUUUGUUAAAUUUGCCCCACCUAGUCCUUCAUUAAUAACAUGUGACCUGGGACAGAGACUUUGAAAGUGUGAAGUCUGAGCUCAGCAUUGAAUCCUUGUGAGUCUGAAAGUCAAGCUUUGGAUGGGUCACUGGGGAAUAUUGAUGACCUGGCACAGCAGUAUGCAGACUACUAUAACACUUGCUUCACGGAUGUGUGUGAGAGGAUGGAAGAGCUGCGCAAGCGGAGGGUUUCCCAGGACCUUGAUAUGGAGAAACCUGAUGCCAGCUCCACAUCACUACAGCUGCGAUCUCAAAUUGAGGAGUCACUUGGUCUCAGCAGCACUGCAUCAACACCUGACACUGAAAGAAAGCUCUCCAUUCAUAAAUCAAGUUCAGAAGAAGGCUCUGUAGGGAAAGCAGACUGGAAAAAGAAGAAUAAGUUUUUUUGGCAGAACUUCCGUAAGAACCAGAAAGGACUGAUGAGGCAAACUUCAAAGGGAGAAGAUGUAGGGUACGUGGCCAGUGAGAUCACCAUGAGCGAUGAGGAACGGAUCCAGCUGAUGAUGAUGGUCAAAGAGAAGAUGAUCACUAUUGAGGAAGCACUUGCUAGGCUGAAGGAGUAUGAAGCACAGCACAGGCAAUCCAGCACUGUAGAUGCUGCAGAGUGGCCCGAUGGUUCUUACUCAACAUUUGAUGGCUCUUCCAAUUGUAAUUCAAGAGAACAGUCUGAUGAUGAAACAGAGGAGUCGGUGAAGUUUAAGAGGUUGCACAAGCUGGUGAACUCGACUCGAAGAGUCAGGAAGAAACUCAUAAGAGUGGAAGAAAUGAAAAAACCCAGCACAGAAGGUGUGGAAGAGCAUUCACUUGACAACUCUCCCGUACUGGAUGACAGAUCAGCACUUUACUCUGGCGUUCACAAGAAGCAAUUCUAUUUUGAUGGCUCCUGUGAAAAGCAGCCAGAAGACGACUCAGACUCUCUCACUACUUCUCCCUCAUCCAGCAGUCUGGAUAUGUGGGGAGCUAACCGGAAGCUGGUGAAGACCUUCAGCAGAACGGACAGCCGUGGCCUUAUCAAGCCUCCCAAGAAGCUGGGGACGUUUUUCUCUUACCCAGAAGAGGAGAAGACCCAGAAAGUUUGCCGCUCCUUGACAGAUGGGGAAAUGAAGAAGAGCCUGGGCUCGCUGAGCCACGGGGUAAGUACAGAAAGCAUUUGCUUUUAUGACAGCAGCAGGCACAAGCACCACCUUCUGGUGUCCCUGGAGGAGAUUCAGAGUGUAAGGAAGCAGCUCCGGUUGAAGAAAGCGGAUACUAACUAUUCCUGUUCCAGAGCUUUCCUUUGCCAGCGCCCUGCUAGGAAAGGAGCACUCCCUGCAGCUUGCGACCUACAGUUACUGCGGCACAAAACCAAAGGGGGUGGAGGCUGUGGCUUCCCAAACAGAAGGCUCCGAGGGCGCAGCUCUGUCAGCGAGUUCAAUAUCACCUAUGUGGUGGAGAGAAGCCUGUACAGUCACCUCAACCUCUCUCAGCUGGUGCGUCCCAUUACUGACAGGACUCUGAGCAAGGCCGACAAGCAGGACCUGAGGAGAUGCCUGCUGGAGGAGGAUGAGGAGGCCAAGAGGAAGUGGGCUGCCACAGUGGAUCGUUGUACUAAAAGGGUUCUCUUGAGAAUACACCAAAAGUCUAGAACCUGUAGCUUUGGAGGAUUUGACUUGACAAAUCGUUCCCUUCAUAUUGGAAACAGUUCUGACCAAAUGGGCAAAGAAGGAGACUUCGUUUAUAAAGAAGUGAUCAAAUCACCCUCUGCAUCCCGUAUAUCUUUGGGAAAAAAAGUGAAGUCUGUGAAAGAAACCAUGAAGAAAAGGAUGUCUAAAAAAUACAGUAGCUCUCUAUCUGAGCAGGAGUCCAGCCCUGGGGUGAUGCCAGGCUCUCCGCAGUCACCGCCACCAGACACUGACUCCCUGGACAAACCCAAGCUGAAAGCCGGAGGCUCAGUAGAGAGCCUGAGGAGUUCCUUAAGCGGUCAGAGCUCAAUGAGUGGUCAGACAGUGAGUACAACAGAUUCUUCAACCAGCAACAGGGAGAGUGUGAAAUCAGAAGAUGGUGAUGAUGAAGAGCCUCCUUACAGAGGACCUUUCUGUGGAAGAGCCAGGGUUCACACUGAUUUUACUCCAAGUCCUUAUGAUACAGACUCUCUGAAGCUCAAGAAAGGUGACAUCAUUGAUAUAAUCAGCAAACCCCCCAUGGGCACUUGGAUGGGUCUGCUGAACAACAAAGUUGGCACUUUCAAGUUUAUCUACGUGGACGUGUUGAAUGAAGAGGAAGAGAAGCCAAAGCGGCCCACCAGGAGACGCCGGAAAGGCAGACCUCCACAGCCCAAGUCAGUUGAGGAUCUCUUGGAUCGCAUCAACUUGAAGGAGCACAUGCCCACUUUUCUGUUCAAUGGUUAUGAAGACCUGGAUACCUUUAAGCUUUUAGAAGAGGAAGAUUUGGAUGAACUGAAUAUCCGAGAUCCUGAGCACAGAGCUGUUCUCCUCACAGCAGUGGAGCUUCUACAGGAGUACGACAGUAACAGCGACCAGUCAGGAUCUCAGGAGAAACUUCUCAUUGAAGGCCAAGGCCUAUCUGGAUGCUCUCCUCGGGAUUCUGGCUGCUACGAAAGCAGUGAAAACCUGGAAAAUGGUAAGACUCGAAGAACCUGCCUUCUGCCCUCCAAAUCAGCAAGCGAGCACAGCUUUAAGGAUUUCAGCAGAAACCAGCUAUCAAAUUAUCCUACACUCCCACUGACUAAGUCAGUAGAAACUCUAGAGCAGGGGGAGAAAGCAAGCCGUUUGAGUGCUGCACACCAUGCUCUGAAGAGCUCUGUCACACCUCCAGCCGUUACGGGUCUAAAGAAGAACCGCAGAAGUUUACCAGUUGCUGUCUGUCGUAGCUAUGAAACUCUGGAUGGCCCCCAGGGUGUAGAUACAUGGCCAAGAUCUCACUCACUGGAUGAUCUCCAGGGAGAAUCCAAUACCAAGCUACAGGAUGCUAGCGAGGAGGCAGGUUCUUCUCCUCAGAAUUCACUGGAUAUAGCAAAAAAGGCAAAUGGCUCUGCCCUGCUGCCUCAGUCUCAUGGAGGCACCUGCACGGUAGAUGAUUUGAUGGCUAAGCAGGUUAAAGCAGCUGCCGGUUCUCAGAAGGGAAGAGCCAAGGAAUUGGACUGCUCUGUGAAGGAGGCUGCAGGUAGAAAGCAGCCUGCUCCAUUGCCCCCGAAAAACUCUGAAGCUCAGCCUGCCUUAGUGAUGCAUCUUGCCACAAGGACACCUCUGGAACUACAAAGUAAAAGCUUUCAUGACCUUGGACGAGCUGAUUAUGCUCCAGUCCUCAAGGGAGGUCUAGAAGCUGAGCCAAAAGGCACAAAUGAGGCAAGACUGCAGCCAAAACAUCCUUCACAGCCACCACCUGUCCCAGCCAAAAAAUGCCGAGAACGCCUUUCUAAUGGAUUAUAUCAUUCUUCCGUGACUAUGAGUGGGAGCCAUUCAAAUCUAGAAGCACCAUGUUUGCCACUAAAAAAGACCAGCUUGUCAGCUCCCAUUGAUGGUCACAGAGUGUCUGUCCAAAGGACACCUUCUGAGCAGGAGCUCAGUGCUCCUCCUAGCCCGCUGCCACCCUGGCUGGCAGAGCUCCCAGAGACUGCUAGUGUUCAGCAGCAUGUGAUAAAGCUGGGUCCUGCUUCGGUGAGGAAAGUCUCUUGUAGCAGAGGAAUGGAUCUGGAAAUGGUAAUAGAAAACAAGUUGCAGUCUGAAGACAUUGAUCUUACUGAAGAACCAUACUCUGACAAGCACGGUCGCUGUGGCAUUCCUGAGGCUUUGGUACAGAGAUACUCUGAAGACUUAGACCAGCCUGAAAAGGACGUUGCCACAAACAUGGACCAAGUCCGGGUAAAACAGCUGAGGAAGCAGCAUCGCAUGGCAAUUCCAAGUGGAGGGCUCACUGAAAUGUGCCGAAAACCUCUGUCCCCAGGACUUAUCACCUCUGUAUCUGACUGGCUGAUUUCCAUUGGUCUACCUAUGUAUUCCAGCCUGCUCACAGAAGCAGGAUUCAACACACUGAGCAAAGUGCCUUCUCUGUCACAAACUUGCCUUCAAGAAGCUGGCAUCACAGAGGAAAGGCACAUAAGCAAGCUCCUGGCAGCAGCAAGACUCUUCAAACCUCUUGAUCCAGAGGCAAUUUAACAUCCUCCAUAGUGUGGUAUUGCCUUUUUGAGAAUCCACUGCUUCUUCCUGCACCAAUUUUCCUCUAACUACUUCACAUAGCUAACAGGGUCAAGGAAGUGGCUCCCAAAGGCAGGCAGAUAUCUUCCUCAAUGGAUAUGAAAUGUUUCUAUCACUGUUUUUGGCAACUGAAGGAGAAGAAACCACCAGGUAACAGUGAUGUGGUACUUCCCUCACCCCUCCUCAUGUAUAACAUAAUCUUAUUUCAUAGAGUGCAUAGGGUUGGCCUCAGAAUAAGACAGUUUCACAUAAUUAAGAGACCCUUGCACAUUUUCCUCCAGUUUGUGGAAGUAAUACUAGCAAUAGGCCCUGUUUCUAUGGAGAGCUCCUUAGAUUGGGCAUCUUCUGUAUGCCUAGGUUCCAGGUCCUGAGAGUCAGUCCUCUAAAGACCAAGUACAACUGAAGGUGCAAAUUCCAGUAGGGGGUGUUUGGCAAAUACCUUUCAUUUAACAGUCAAGACCUGAACAUAGCCGUCCUCAGUCAGCUUCACUGGUGCUUGGUAUAGGUCCCAAUACGCCACAAAGCCUUUAGCUAGGCCAAAGUUGUUGGACUGGAAUUAGCCUUCAGUGUGGUCCACCUCUGUCACUCCAGAGCAACUAACCCACGGAGAGUCAGAAAGCUUUUUAUUUGUACAGAGAUGAGGUAAUUUUUAUAACUGCUUUCUAGCAAUCAGCUUUUUAUUUGCCUUAAAAUGAGCUUUUAAGCAGUUACCUAGUGCUCACUUACUUGUUUCCCAAGCCUCGUUUCAACCUGUCACCCUUAAGCUGCACUUAGGGUGAUUUUCAGCCGAAGUGGCUUCUGUAAAAUGCCUCAUCAUAACACCUUCUGCGUUGUAGGAGAUGCUUUUACCCAUGCAGAGUUACACUAGGUUUCAGUUGUCAGGCUAACUUCUUGUUCACUACAGUCUGCAUUUACUGUUGUUACUAAAUCGUUCCAAGAUACACUGCCUUGUAUAUAUGUAACUGCUUUUCAUUUUAAUCAUACUCCGUGUACUGUGUUCUAUUGUCAAUCAUUAUUCUGCAGCUUUGACUUGGUAUCCUGACCGUAUCAAUUCCCAACAGUGGGUUUCUGCAAAUCAGAAUUCACUUGUGGGGAGAUAAAAUGCAUCCAAGAAGCAACUUGCGUCCCAUAGAAAUCAUCAGGUCCGGUAAUGCCAUUGCAUGGACGAAAAACAAAUCUUAGGUAGUCCUAUGAAUUACACUGUGAUUUUACAACAGUUGGUAGUCCUCAUGACCAUGUUAAUGUUACCUCUCAUUGGAAGACAGCAUUGUUCUGGCCUACGUGGUGAACCAUUUUUGCAUGAUGUGGUGGUAUUUCUCUGCCUAAGUCCAUGUCAAAUGUUUGGUUCGCAUCUGUGGCUCAUGACAGAUUUUAUUUUUCUAUAUGGGUACACUUUUUAUAUACCAAAUACAGAUUAUCAUGAAUCACACAGAACUAGCUUUACCUUUGGGAUCUGUAUACGGUGUGUCCUUCAGCAUCUUGUAGCACAAACCCUCCAUGGAAGACACAGCAAGCUUAUUCUGGCAGGUAAAGGGAGAUAGUCUAGAAACCUGAGCACAGAGCAGGAUGUGGGGCGGUUUCCAGGAUCAGUUCUAACAUCAACUUGCUGCAUAAAACUAGACAAGGCACUUCACUACUUGGUGCCACACCUAUCCCAGCCUCAUCCUGAGCCUUUCCUUAUAAAAUGCUGCCAAGUCAAUGAAUGAAAAAUUGUGGUUACUCCAUGAAUCCUUACUACAUAUGGUCCUUUCAUGGGCAUGUUUUAAUUCAGAUGUGCUAUGCAUUUUACUACAGAUAAUGAUUAGUUUGGGCCCUCAUAGAACUGCUGUGUAUUAGGUUUACUUCCCUUGUUUUGUGUCUCACCACAGACUACUGCACACCGUCAUGCAAAGGCAACUAAUCGACUGAUGUAACUUGCUCCCCCGGCUCUGUGUCUGUAAUGUUCACCACAACGUGGGGGUAAUUUGCAUGUUUUAACAUGGCAGCAUCAGGAAGCAUACACAGCUGAUGGAAAGCUAAAAACCAUCAAAAAGCCCUCUUGUUUUUAAGAAAGUAUCUUUUAAUUAAUGACGAGUUGUCUGUUGUUCCUCUCUGAGGCUUACGUGUUGACUAUCAGUAAGCAGGAGAUGGAAGGAGUAUUGAGACUUCCUGGGAUUGUUGGCAGGGGCCAGAACUGAGUUAAGUAGAGAGGAGCUGUACUGGGGCAAAGAUAAAGUCCAAGCUGGAUAUAUGUAAUAAAAAAAGAUACAAGUUUCCUUGUGUUGCAGAGAAGGCAAGUCACAUAGUAGAGCUCUCCUGUAUUAAUUUCCCUCUCAAUAACAGAAGGUGAAUUAUGGGAAUGAGAUGAACCUGUGUGCCAAACACCCUUUGUAAAUCCCUAAUUUGGGAAUGAUUACCUAGCCCAGGGAAACCAGAUCACACCCAUCAGGACUAGAGUGAGCAGUUUUAGAUUUGUGGGGUUUAAUUGUUGCUUUGGGUUUAUUUUUAAGACUGUGGUCUUACUUGAAUUACAAUUUUAGUUUAUAUUUUAAUCUAAAGAGCCUUAAGCUUCUCAGUGUUUGAGCUUCCCUGCUGUGGUUUCCAUGACCUGUGGCAUUCCAUGAGCAGGUGAGGCGGUGCUGUACGAGAGCCAUAACCUCUUACAUUUUCUUGCAACCAUUCCAUGCUCUAAGCAAAACUUCACUCAUUAACUCUUGGGAAGCACAAGAGAAACCUGCUGCUGGAAUCCUAAUCUGCUCUGCUCAGGCUAACGAUGUUAAGUAUCUAUCCAUAUACCCUUAAUAAAUCAAACAACUACUUAACAAUAGAAGCAGCAAGCCCAAAAUAUUCCCAAACGCCAUCGUAAUCGCCAGCUUUGAUGGAUAACCCUCGGUUACCACCCAGGCGGCAAUACCGCCUGUCCUUACUGUGCUCUCCUACGGGCACGAUGUCGAAUGCAAACUGGGAUCAGAAGCAUUAAACAUUGCAUUAUUCAAAGAGGUCUUCAUCUGUAAGAGCAGCAAUAGUGGUCGAUUCACCAAGUCACGGCUGUACAGUUGUACUGUAUCAUUUUUAGAACAAAUAAUACUUUCAGUCCAAGAUACUUUUAUCUUUAAUCGACGCCCACUGGGGAAUCAAAACCGUCAAGCAAGUUACGUAACAACUAACAAAGUUGCACUUUCUGUAUAUGAAACCAAUAUUUAAAUAACUUAUUUUUCUCCAUUUGCUGUUCUUAAAUGAUGUAAGUAGCUGUAAUAUACCAGUACUCAAAAUGUCCUGCAGUUUGCUUCAACCCAAGAAAGCUGUCUAUGGUUUAAAAAUAAAAAAAAAAGAAAAAAAAAGGAAGAAAAAAGGGGGGUAAAAAGGAAAAAAAAAACCACAACAAAAUAUGAAUGUGUAAAGAUUAUUGUGCUGUUUCAUUUAGCAAAAAAAAACAAAGCAAAGAAGUUGACAAAAGGAUUUUCCUGUGUAUCAAAACUUGUCUAUAAUUAUAUGUCAUACUGUUCAUAGGUAAAAAUAAACAAAUUUCCUUGAUCGCU